AUGACAAAAACAAUACUGGAAAUUUUAGAAUUGCGUGGAAAUGGGGGAAAUGAAGAACAAUCAACAACUCAAUCGAAGAUUACCUUGAAUUCAUAUUUGAUACCAGCGGGUUUCAACAAUGGCUUAUCAAAACACAAUAGUAGCAAAAUUGAUAGUGAUUCAAGUAGUGCUAGCAAUGAUCAACAAGAAAAUAAAAGCCAAGUUAAAUUUUGCAUGCGUUUGAUCUACAGAAUUUUUGAAGAGAAACCUUUACAAUAUGACAUACGUUAUUUAAGUCAAUUAACCCAAGCUUAUUGUGAGAAUAAGGGAAAUUCAGUAUUUAUUAGGGACUUUUUAUUUGACAAGUUUCAUUCGUUUUUGAAGGAUUUUACAGAUAAAUUGAAAAAAGAUGCUUUCAUUAGUUCUUUAGACUCGAAUGAUGAAAAUACCAAACUCAAAUACAAUGAGGAAGAGGUCAUAAAAGCUUGUGAAAUUGCUCUUGAAUAUUGGAAUCGAUAUGAAAAAAUUUUAACAAAACUUCAGAUUUUAUUUAAAGUUUCAACGAAGUUUGAAAAAAAAAUUAAGGGUUCUCCAUAUGAAAUGGGAAUAAACUACUUUAAUAAAUUUUGUUUUGAGGUAAAAGAACGAUAUCAACUUUUGGGUAAUGAUCAUGAGGAAAGUGACGACAUAUCAUACUUUUGGGAACUUGAUUUCAUGGAUCGACUUUUUGUGUUAAUGUCCGAAAUUUACUUGAAGGAUAAAUAUUUUGAAAAGUCCAACAUACAAACUGAUAUAUUUCUGUUAUAUGAAAAAUUUCUUACAUUCAUCAAGAAGAGGCAUAGAUAUUCGGUAGAUUUUAUGAGUUCUUUCGAAAUCGCAAGGCACGCUAUUAUUAAGUAUCUUAAAAACGGUAAGUAUGAAAAUUUGAACGGACGUUGUGAUUUCAAAGGUCCAACUAAAACCAAAACGAUAUUAAAUGUUAUUGACGAGGAAGUCAAAUUUGCCAAAAAAUUUCAUGAGGAUAAUAUAGACGCUCGAGAGUAUGAUAUCUUUAUGUCGACACCAUUUCUUUCUCAUAAUUUUGAAAAUAAUAAACAAAUGGCAAUGGAUGUUUGUGAUUUGACAAGAUCCUUGGUUGAUCUUCAAAAAGUGUUUGAAUAUCUUGAAAACUAUGAUGAUGACUCUGAUGAUGUUGAAGCAGUAAAAAAAUUUGGUCCUAUUAGAGAUAUCGCUGUUCAGAAAUUACAAAAGCAUUUUGAAAGUCAAAUCGAAACAAUAAUAAUUGAACACUUAAACUCAAAGGAUAAUCCAAUACCAGAUCCCAGCCUUUUAAUCCCUUUGGUACAGCAAAUUAAGUCUUCAUUCGUGCAAAUUCACAAUGCUAAUUCUGCUAUGGUAAAUCCUUAUUCUACUAGAAAAGAAAACACAAUUGAUGGGCAAAACAUACUACAAUCAGUAAUCAAUAAAGUCGGAGAUCAAAAUACUAUCACCAAGCAACUAGCCAAACUUGUUGACAUGUAUUUUAAAUGUAAGUUACAACAAGAUUGCCAUGUAAGCAUUAUACAGGAAGUUCUCGGAAUCAUUGUAAACGGGCUUUCAGAAGAUACUGAAGUUGAUUUUGUUUCAUUAUAUCAGAAAGAUUUAUUUAAAAGAUUAUUGUUAAAUAAGCAAGUCAAUCUAAUAGAAGAGUUGGAAAUUGCAGAAUAUAUCAAUUCCAUUAUUCGUCAUAAGAAUUCAAGUAUCAUUGAAUUGAUCAAAGAUGUAUCGAGAAAUAAGAUUACAACGAUCAACCUCGGCGCUGUUGGAAAAUCAAUUGAGUUUAAAUCGUUAAUAUUAGACUCAAGCGUUUGGGCAAAUAUGCUUCCUGAUGAAAGCUUCAAAUCGGUUAUUCUCCCGUCUGAAUUUCAAAAUGUAUUAAAUUUUAAUAGAUCUCCAAAAGGUAAUGGGUUACUGGAUUGGACUCAUUAUAAACUUCAUAGAUUAACAAUAUUGGGUCAAUUUUCAGAUAAUAGAGAAAUACCAAUCAAUUGUAAUAUGUUGCAAGCAAUUAUUAUUCUUUCAUUUAAUGACAAUGACAAAAUGUCAUUUGAUCAACUUCAGGAGAAAACUAAAUUGGAAUCAAAUUUAUUAAAAAGUAUCUUGAAUACGUUUUCAACUAGUGCAAAUAGAAUUUUACUUUAUAAAAAAGAUCAAAUUACAUAUAAUCGGAAAUUUAAAAGUAAAUCUGAUGUGGUAAAUUUGCCCAUGAUUAAAGAUAAUAUUAAAGCGGUAGAUGGAUCUUCGAGGGAAACCUCUAUUGCUACAGAGGUAGUUGGUAACGAUAACGAAAACUAA